CAAUAUUUUUUUUUUCCUUUGCUUUGUCUGCUUUCGCCACUCUUUGAAUCUUUGCUGACUGACUCGCAUCACUCCGUCGUCCUUUCUCUCUCUCGCUCCCUCUCUCUCUCUCUCUCUCUCUCUUGUGCUCUUCACCAUGUCGCACGAACGGCAAACCAUGUUCAAGGAACCUGAGAAGGAGGCGAGCAGCAGCAGCAGCAGCCGCGCGUCGUCCUCGGCCUCGUCGUCCUCGUCAAAGAAGAAGCCGGAGGCUGCGGUCAACAGCACCGCGACCGCCGACCUGGUCCAGAAGAAGCUCAAGAAGUGCAAGAAGGAGGAGGCGACGUGGCUGGACUUGAGCGAGAGCGACCUCGCCAUCCUGCCUGCCAAAGUGGGCGAGCUCGUUUCCGUCACUGAGCUCUACCUGUACAACAACCGGCUCGCCGCGCUGCCCAAGGAGAUUGGCGCGCUGGUCAACAUCAAGACACUCGGCAUCAGCCAGAACCAGCUCACAUCCCUCCCAGAUGAACUCGAGCUGCUCAAAAACCUCAACGUCCUGGAUUUGCGCCACAACAAGUUCACGGAGGUCCCGCCUGUCAUUUAUCGAAUGAAGCAAUUAUCAAAGCUCUACUUGCGUUACAACAAGCUCACGUGGAUUAGUCACGACAUUGGAAAUCUGACGGGCUUGAACAUUCUUAGCAUCCGCAAUAACAAGAUUACCGAACUGCCAGCAUCGCUUGGCAACCUGGCAGGGCUCCAAAUUCUUGACUUGAUGAACAACUGUCUGACCGCAUUGCCAAGCUCGAUCGGGAAACUAUCGCGCCUGUCGUCAUUGAAUGUCGAGUACAACAAGCUCGAACGCCUGCCUGAGGAGAUUGGCAACCUCGUCAAGCUCAAGCACUUUGGUUUGCGAUACAACAGCCUUGUUGAACUGCCGCUAGCCAUCAAGAAUUGCGUCUUGUUGGAAGAGCUCAAUGUCGAAGGCAACAAGCUUGUCGUUUUGCCCACCGGCAUCCUCUCCCAGCUCGUUAACGUGAACAACCUCCAGCUGUCGCGGAACAACUUUACGACCAUUCCUGCCGAUCUCGGUGCUCUUACGAAGCUGGAGAUUUUCAACAUGGAUAACAAUUCCGUUCGUGAAAUCCCUGCUGGAAUCUUUUCAUCGCUGAAGCUGUUGGGCAAGAUCAACUUGAACUACAACAGCAUUACCAGCAUUCCGAACGACAUCGGCGAUCUUGUGUCGCUUCGAGAAAUUAAUUUGGGCUCAAACAAGCUUGAACUCUUGCCUGAGACGUUGGGCCAGCUGGUCAAUUUGGAAUCGCUUGUUCUCGGGAAUAACAACUUGUCUGCCCUUCCGGAAUCCGCCUCGCGACUCGUCAAGCUGCGUGUGCUGGACUUGGAAGGCAAUAGGCUGACGCGUCUGCCUGAAAUUGGCUCCCUGGCUGCCCUUGAGGAGCUGCAUGCGCAAAGCAAUCGACUUACAGCGCUCCCCCAGAGCCUUGGGAACUUGCACGCACUGCGUCUCUUCUACGUCGGCGAAAACCAGUUGACAGAAUUGCCCUUGAGCAUUGGUCAACUGAAAUCGUUGACGUCGUUCCACGUUAACGACAACCGCCUGUCUGAUGUUCCGUGCGAACUCGCAAACUGCCUCAAGCUGCAGCUGCUCAACCUGGACGACAAUCCGCUGACCGCCAUUCCUCCAAAUGUCACGUCUGGCGGCCCCUCGGCUGUUAUGGUUUACUUGCGCAAAAAGAACCGGACUAAAGUGGAGCAGGCCAAGCUCAUCAAUCCCGACGCUGUUCUGCACAUUGACGAGCACGAGCUGCCCACUGUCUCGCGGCCCGAGCCCAUCACCAAGGCCGAGAUUAUCGCCAACGAUCUUGGGUUGCUCGAGGACUAUCCCCAAAGCGACGAAGACGUCAACAAGCUUUAUUCCGACAUUGUUUCAGACGGUGUUUGAGCAAAAAUCGUUGUCCAAGCGUGAUUUUUUGGUUGUUUUUUUGGUUGUUUUUUUUUUUUUUUCGUUUGUGCCGGCGCCCAAGUUGUUGUUGUUGUUGUUUUUGCUUGUGCCGCAGUUCUAUGUGCUGUAUUCUUUCUUGUGUGAGUGAGUGCGCGAUCGUGAGCGAGGCAAUUUUUGUUUGGCAGUUUUUUUUUUAUGUGGUUUUUCUUUUCUUUUUUCUCUUUUUUGUCUGCCUAUUGUCAGUGCAUUGUAUUCAUUUAACAACUCGU